AAAGCAAAAGCGCUCCUCAAGGUGGAUGUGGACAGGUAAAUGUGGAUAAUAAAGACAGCGCUUUAGGGGUCAGAGAUGAUCAUAGCUGCUCAGUAAAUGACGAUAACAGCAUUAUAUAUGUGAUAUAUCCGCCACAGUAAUAGAGUUACUCAUUAGACUAAUCAUGAGCUCAUCUGUAGAUAUUGAAGGAUAAAUAGAGCAGGUGAUGUGCCUUAUUCACUACAGCACAUCAAACAACAGCUGUUAAAGCUAGCAGACUAUAAUGGGGUCGUCUAGUGUUCCCUGAUGGAGAGAAGAGCAUCUGACCAGCAAACAGCAUCGGGACAGAUCUGAAUGGGUUCUGCAGGAUUCUGUGCUACUGACCGCAGAUCUCUCAGUGUGUGUGAGUGUGUGAUGUUGCCCUCUGCCGGGCCGCUCCUCCUCAGUCACGUGACCUCCAGCAAUGUUUUACCUGGCGCUGUGUGACGUCACCGCGCACCGUGCAGGAACAGGAACCGCGAAGGCCGUGAAGAGCUCGUAACUCUCCGCUAAACACCGGAAUGUGACUUUAACUCUGCUUUAGCCCGCUAUAACCUCAUUUCCCGCGGAUCCUCGUGUUUAUAAGCGUACAGUAUGUCUGCGUCCGCGGUGUUCGUGCUGGACCUGAAGGGGAAGGUGUUGAUCUGCCGAAACUAUAAAGGCGACGUUGACAUGUCCGAGAUCGAUCACUUCUUCACCCUGCUGAUGCAACAGGAAGAGGACGGGCUUAUUUCACCUGUCAUGUCACACGGCAACGUCCACUUCCUGUGGAUCAAACACAACAAUCUCUACCUGGUCGCCACAACCAACAAGAACUCCAACGCCUCUUUGGUUUACGCCUUCCUGUACAAGCUGGUGGAGGUGUUUACGGAGUACUUCAAGGAGCUGGAGGAAGAGAGCAUCCAGGAUAAUUUCGUGGUGGUGUACGAGCUGCUGGACGAGCUGAUGGACUUUGGGUUCCCGCAGACGACGGACAGCAAGAUCCUGCAGGAGUAA